AUGCCCAGUAGGGUGGCGGCGCCUGCCAGAGCCAGGAAUCCUCUCUUGGUACUGCCUUUGCCAGGUAAUCAGUCGCUCGGCCUUCCUGUUGUCAAAGACAAAGUGGAACAAACUCCUGUACCGUCUCGGCCCUCCGGUAGAGAUUUGAACCUUGCUGUUUGUCCUGAUCUCAUCAUUGAGGACGCAUCGGCUCCCAUAGGCAUCGUCCGCUUUCAAGACGUGCACGAUUACCACACAUAUUACCGCUGUAGCGCCUGCUCUCUCACAGGCUGCUACCGCGGAAAACUCGCCGACGACCCUACCGCUCUCAACUUUCACCUCUCCAGCGAUGGACACAAUCAAUCUGUCUCCUACUACAUGCGUAGCAGGAGUUAUCGACAAGGGGAAACGAGGACUACCCCUUGUCCUUCCAUUAUAGCACCUAUCCCACUGCGCCCCUUUAGUAGUGCUCGGAGCCCUAUCCUGCUGAAGCGGCAACUUUCGGAAGACCAGACGCACUUCCCCGACCGAGUCGGCAAGAGCUCGAGGGUAUCGUCUUCAGCUAAUGGAAGGCGCCACAAGGAAGGGGUCGUUUCAGACGAUCAUCCUCACGCUUCUCUGGAGAUCCUGGCUGAGAUAGCGUCGAUGAAAUGA